GAGAUAGAUAGGAGAGAGAGAGAGGAGAGAAGAGGCGCUGACGAUAAAAAGGAGCUGAGACGCGGACGCGCGAGCUUACAUGCGAGUCGCGUGUCGAUCGAACUGUCGGAUUCGCUGUAUUGCCUUAGAGAAGAUUGAGCUUUCUUUUUUUUUUCUUGCCAGACUCUGUACAAGUAGUUUGGUUCGGAUCGCUUAGUGUGCAGUGAAGAGCGGCAGACUUCUCCGGCACGCGAUACUCGUGUCUGCAUCGGCUGUGGUGUGUCUUAUCGGUUACGAGGAUCAGUCUGUGGAUCUUCGGACUCGCAUUGUUGGCUGGUCGAUGACAGAAUCCCCCACGACCGCCGAUAUGCGCUGAUUCGGAAGAUUCGUAGCUGCUGAUCGUCGACUAGUUGAAGGAUAUUUCUUCGUUUUUCUUUUCUUUUUUCUCUGACCGUCUACGUUACUCUUCGCUGCGAAAAUGUACAUGGACGAGGUAACGGCCCAGAAGGCCGUCGAGCAGACAGGCUUCGGCAAGUUCAACAUAAAGGUCACGAUCUGCUGUGCCUUGAUAUUCCUGAACUGCGCGUUCUGCAUCACGAGCGUCGGUUUCGUCGUACCCACAGCCGCCUGUGACUUCCAGAUGACGACGAUCGAUAAGGGUCGCAUCAAUGCCGCCCCUAUGCUAGGUAUGGUGGUCGGCUCGUGCGCCUGGGGCUACUACGCCGAUUUGAAGGGUCGGAGGUCUGCCCUUCUGAUCGCCCUGUUCGUUCAGUUCAUCGUCGAUGCCAUUUCCUCGGUUGUGCCGAGCUACUGGACGUUUGUCUUCCUAAAGUUCCUCAGUGGUUUUAGCUUUACCGGUCAAAUGUCCGUGGUAUUCACGUACCUCGGCGAAUUCCAGCCGACAAAGUACCGAAACACGACCAUGUCCUUCAUGGAGCUAUCCUGGGCGAUCGGUGUCAUAUUCGAAGCCCUGUUCGCUUGGGCGGUGAUACCAUUUCCCUUCUCCUACAAGACCGAGUGGUUCUUCUUCAGCUCGUGGAACCUGUUCGUGUUGGCCAGUGCGUUACCGGCCCUCCUGACCGGCUUAUGGCUGAUAACUUUGCCGGAGACACCGAAAUUCCUGGCGGAAAACGGACAGCGCGACGAACUGCUCAAGGUCCUCACGCGAAUGUACACGGAGAACACCGGCAAUACGGCAGAUCAGUUCAAGGAAAAGCUCGCGACGUCAACGUUUCCCUCGAUCAGCGGUCUGGUGGCGAAAUACGAAAUCUCGCCAGAAGAGGUAGCAGCUGCCGAGAAGAAACUGUCUCUGAGCAUGAAUGAGAAGCUGAUGGAUAUGCUGGCGUCGUCGAAGGACCAAGUGAAGAUGCUACUGCGCAAACCCUACGCCAAGAGAAUCAGCGUCUGCAGCUUCAUCAUGUUCUGCAUGACCUCGACCUACUACUCGCUCAUGACGUGGUUCCCCGAACUGUUCCAAAGGUUCGCUGCGUUCGAGGCCGCUUUCCCUGACGAGUAUGCCAGCGUCUGCACCGUCUCGAAGAGAUUGGCUGCCAUCGCUAAUGAGACUGAGGAGUUUAUGGAAGCAGCGAUCGACCCCUUCGGCUGUGAUACCCCGAUAGACACGAGUGUAUACGUGAACUCGAUCUGGCUAGGCGUCGCUUGUCUGCCUUGCGCUAUUCUUCUGCCCCUGACUGUAGACUACGUUGGAUACCGCAUUUACUUGUUGUUCACAGCAACGAUCGCUUGCGCAGUAACGAUCGCCUUCUUCUUCGUGAAGACGUCCACGCAGAAUCUCGUGCUCUCUUGCAUUUUCGAAGCCUUCACCUCGCUCAAUAUAAGCGUCACCCUUUGCCUCCUCGUCGAGCUGUUCCCCACGAAUCUCAGGGUAAUGGCGACAGGAAUAACGCUUUUGAUCGGUCGCAUAGGUUCGCUUUUCGGCAACAUGUUGUUCGGCUAUCUGAUUGACGACCACUGCUCAAUACUCAUCAUCAUCAUGGCCGCUCAGCUGUUCCUUGCGGCAAGUAUGUGCUGGGCGGCACCGGGCCGAGACAAGCUGAGGAAGAUCCAAGGCUACCCCUUCUUGGAAGUUCAAAAUAAAGCCUUUUCACCGGCCGCGUGAUGGAUCUCUCCGCGUUAUAGCGAGAAAUGUGAAAAAUUGCGAGCCUAUGCAGAGGCGAACUUGAUUUCGCACCUUAAUUGGAGACAAACCAAAGUUUAUACGAGCUUCAGUUGAAUUUGAAGCUGUAAUAUCUGAGUUAGAUAACUACAAGCCUAUAACCUUCAAAAUCGCCUGGCCAAAAAAGAAAAAAACAGUUUCUAGUCCUUUGAGCAACGUCAAUUAACCGAGAAAUUCGCUGCGAUAAGCCGGCAACAGAUUAAUUACGCACUUCUCGUCUCUUCACUCUUAUCUCUCUCUCUCUCUCUCUCUCUCUUUCUCUCGCGACGUCCUCGAUAACGACUCUUGUGUGUUUGCCUAAGGUGAGCAGCUCUACACCUAUAUUACACUAGUGUAACCGUCGUUCCCGCAUUUUCGAGAUUUUCCAAUGCGUGUUUGUUGUACAGAGGCACUUUCCCCGUUCUCGACACCGAAGACAUAAUAUGAGAGAGGGAGAGAGAAGCGGCGAUAAUGCGGCUUUGUAGGUUAUAGGUUUGGGCGCCAAAACCGGCGCGAACCGGUUUCGGUCGGUAUCGUCGUCUGCUAUCGUUAUUACGCGCUCAUUACUCGCGACAAUUAAGCCGGUGUCGCCGACGCUUUUAUAUGGAUUUUAAGCUCCUCUUGAACGUGUCACGACAUACUCCCUAGAGAUUUUUUGUUCGUUCCGUUAGAUCGUUAAGCCUCUACGACGAGUAGUUGGAACGUUCAAUUGGCGAGGCGACGCGCUGGCUUGAUUGAUUCGCGAUUACUAUUAUUAUGACGACGAGAGAAAGAGAACUGAAAGGAUGGAUUUUACCGAUCGAUCGGAGAACUUUUUUUCUCCGAUGAGAGAUCGGUAAGAGAUGUCCGAUUGUUGAGUUUUUGAGUUGAUGCUUGAGAUUGUUCGUUUUUUUAGUACUUAUUAUUCGAGAAAAUGCAUCGUUUGCGCUGAGAUGUGAAAGAGGGCAUAAGCUGGAAACAUUCCAUAGUUUAUGUGUAUUUUAUAAGAGAAGUUGCAAGAUUGUACACUGUAGAUCUUAUACUCCACCCGAUUUUACGUGACAGAAUUAUUAUCACAUCAUAUGUUAGAACGAUAUAGAGAUUGUAAAUAUAAGAGUGAUUUUUUAAAAGUAUUCCACAUUUUAGUAUAAGAACAAUAAUGUACAGAAUAUACAUACUGAAUAUAUUAAAAAAAAAAAAAAAAAAAA